AGGGCUUACUCCGGAUUGUGGAAGUUGAUGUCACGACGGAAAUAUUUUUGGUUUUAUUUCUAGUACUUAUCCCAUAUAUGCGCUUGCAAUUUGGAUUUGCUUCAAAAUACGAACACUGACGUGGUUAGUCAUCUUGGACGUCAUGUAAAAUCCACAUCCAUAACUAGCAUAGGUUUCAUCCACUGUCCGAAAGCAUUGAAAAUGCCGGCUUGUGCUUCUCUUUCCCGUUCCAAGUGGGACUAUGUUGACGAUGAAGAGGCAGAGCGUGAAGCAGCCUUUCAGCGUGGUCGCGAUUACCUGGACCUUGUCAAAGAACUGCAGGCAAAACGCGAUGGUGGGCUCAAUUUUCCAGCUGGAAGUGGAUUCACGGCAAUGAUUAUGGCAGACUUGUUUUUUAUUUUGAAGGUGAGAUUGGGAAAUAGGAGUAGUCGUUGCAAAGAAAUUUACAUGAACACUUACUCGUGCGAGCCGGGAUGUACUUGUUGUUCCUCUCAUGAUCUGAUACAAUUAUUACUCAUCGUCUUCGUCUUCUACCUAAUCAUCUAACGCAAGCGGCAGUUCUGCAGGAGGACGGGGCGCAGGGACUGCUAUCGAGAUGCCAAAGGGCCUCGAGGAUGUCAUCGAAGGGAUGCAACGUAUCCUAGAUGCACAGCUGGACGGGCAUCUAAAUUCGUUGGACUCUCCCGAACUCUCAGUAUUUCUCGAACUGAAGCUCCACUCUGUGGUUGAGGCGAUGCGCGUAGGGAAAAUGACUGAACAAGGACUCAAGAGUUUAGACCAGGUAAUUGAAGAGAAGAGUCGCAGUUGAAGAAGAUUUGAUUUUGGGACCCCAUUGUAGCAUCGUAUGCGUAAUUGUAUUGAUGUUUUUUUUACGCCCACCACUUACAGCAACCAAUGUGCAACCUUCCAGGUACUAUGCCACGACCAAGGAAACGCACACGCGCACUGGAUGAAGGGAAUGGCGCUUUUGAAAUUCGGGUCAGACUACAAGAUGGCGAUGAAACAUCUGACAACUGGUGCAGCAUUGGCCACACAACUGAAUCUCCCUGAAAAUUAUGGCUCAUCUACUCGUUUACGUUAAGGAUAAGCUUGUUUAACUUUCAUUCAUUCCACCGAGAGACGGAAGUUUCUGAAGUUUCUUUGAGUUGUGGGUAGGUGGAUUCUGAACAUCGGAUAGGCGUGUGUGGCUCUGGUGGAAAUGGGAUUAUGUUUCUCGUCGUGUGGUAGAUGAAAAGCUCUAAUCAAAGGAUGUCUGGCAGGGACAAUUGGCAGCGUACUCCGAACAGAUUAGGAUGCAGUUUCCAGAAGCAUUCGGAGCUCGACCUGCACCAGGAGGAGCGCAAAAACCCUUAGGCAGUGAAACGCUAACGAAAGCUGAUCCUAAAGCUCCUGCACGCGCGUCGCAAAGGAAGACGGUGUCGUUCGCACAAAAAGAGCGAUUGCUACCCGCCGAGAGCGAAGACGACUAUACUAGUCAUGACUACACCUGCAGCGGCGAGUCCGAUAUUGCCGAACAAGACGAGUUGGGUGAGCCCAGACAAGGAAAAGCAGGACUGCCCGAGGUGGGGUGUACAAUCGAAGAAGUAGAUGACAGCGAAGAAGAUGUGCGCUCACUCACACCACUCUCGCAGACCGAGGACAUCGCAGGCGAUGGCGUGACAAUACAGCUCGGCGAUGAAGACAAAGGAAAGAAGGACAUGAUGCACAAACAGAAUGCUUAUGACUGAACACAUCACUCACACUCUUCGAUGUUAACAAGUACUACUUUUUCUUUCAUCUGUUCUCGAGUGUCGACCGCGGCAUGAUGAUUUCUUAUGCGUCAGCUGCAGAGUUUUCAUCUUACCUCUACCAAGAAAUUUUGAAUCUUGUUCUUCUCUAUCUCUCAUUGUUAGGAAUUCGUUUCUAAUAUCUCAACAAAGCUAUGCUUCGCCGCACACGGGAGGCAGGUGUAUUGUCUGUAGAAGAAGAUAACGCGUACGACGAAAGCUUGGCAUUGAUGGAGGACGAAGAUGAGGAGGUAGAGGCACGUAAAAUUCUACAUCGAAAACCGGGUAGCAGCCUUGGCUCCUCCUCGAGUACCUCGUCUAAACGCUCUUCAGCUACAGCAGAGGCUAGCAGGAGUGGCGCAGUUGGCGAUAACAAAGAAAAUAGCGCUUCGCCCGCAGUUCCUAAAAAAACGUUGAAGCGAGGCUUUCUGAUUAACAGAGACAAGUCCGGGCCAAACACAGGAGCGCCCGGCGCGAACACUAAAGGCGUAGUAGAAGAUGCAAAGACGACUAGCGACUCCGGAGGCACUACAAAUGACGGAGAUUUGCGUAUGCACAUGGGACUCGAUCCAUUCAAGGAAGCGCGGGAGAAGGCCUUGGGAGCUAGUUAUUCUGAGGCUGAUGGAGGUGCUAACAAAACCGUGAGGCUGAAUCUUGAAGACGAUGAGGUCAUUGCUCGGCCAGCGGCUGAGGAACUUGACAAAAGAAAAUCGUACAAAACUACAUCUGAAACUGAAGAUAAGACGUUGUCAGCCUCAACGGAAACGCCAUUAGCGUCUUCUAGCGAAACGACAGAACCGACGGCGGGUGUGCUUAGUGAAAGCGUGUUGAACCCAUCGCAUCAAUCGCAGGACAAGGUGGACCCUAAAUUGCCAGAGUCAGCAGCACAAGGUAUAGAACUGGAAGAUGAGAAAGAUCCAGUUACUGUUGAAGGGUCCGAGAAGGUCAAUCCGAAAAAUAGCCAAGAGGAACGGAUACAACAGAAGGGAGCCUCCGAGGACAGAGAGGCGGACUUAAUUUUGAUGAAGGACAUGCUUCGCGAACAUCUUGAGGCUCAGCAGGAGGCAUUUGUAAGAUGCCUACAGGAGCAAGAGGAGCGCGCCUUGCGCUUGAGCUCCCAGUGCGUCCGUGAAUUGCACGAAGAGCUCCAAGAAGAGCGUGCCAAAUUUCAGAAAAACAUUGAAGCCAAAGUGACCAAAAUGGUCGAGGACCAGGUCCAGGGUACAUCUGUUCAAAACAAGGCCUCUGAACCCACCGAAGCCUCUCGAGAAUCUGCUCCCCAGCACGAAGAUGAGAUGAAUGCUCGAAAACCGCUAAACACAGAUUGUGGUAUUCAGGCAGUCGCCGUGCCAGGUCACGAUUCUUCUUGUUUGAUGAAGACUAGCCACGCAACGAACACUGCUGGUGCAGGCAUUGGAGACGAAGUAGAUAGCUUGGCGCUGCUCCAACAAGAGAAGAUGAUCGCGAGAAUAUUAGAGGCCACGAUGAAUGGCAACUACGUGAAACAGCAGGUCACCCAAGUGCUGGUCGCCUUCGUGCUUGGCGUGGUGUGCGCUUUACUGUGCAUGCAGGAAGCCUACACGAGAAUGCAAUGCCGCAUGCAGUGCGCCUAGGUGUAAUCUGGUGGCUCCACUACAGACUUCGAUUGCGGAAACAGCUAGAUUCUCGCACUUCGUGAACGUUUCAUGAACAACGUGUAACUGUUGCGACAGCACAAAAACCACCCCGAAAAACCAUUGCAACUACAAGUAGGUAGCCCUUGCCCUUUCCUCGUUCAUCCCACAGAACAGACAAACGGAGACCCUCCUAUGAUAUCUGAUGAUGAAUAUCUCCUGCGUUAGUGUGUACCUGUGAGAUGAGAGUCGGUAGUACAAGUACAACAUGAGAUUUCAUGAGCAAGCGUGUCGAUUUCUUCCGCGUAGAAACCAGAACCAUGAGCUGUUAAGACCUUUCUUAGGUCGAGCUGGAGAAAGUCGAACACAAAGAG